AUGUCGAAUAAGCCAGUGUUUGUAGCAACCCAUCCACGGGCAUGCUCCACUGCAUUCGAGCGGGUCUUCAUGACCCGUCGCAACACCAUCCACACAGUACACGAGCCUUGCGGCGACGCCUACUACUAUGGCCCUGAGAGAAUGGGUUCCAGAUUCGAAGGCGAAGAGCACGAGCAGGAUCGCGAGAAGAGCGGUUUCAGCCAGUCGACGUUCAAGUCCAUCUUCGACAGGAUCGUGUCCGAGUCGACUGAGGGCAAGCGCACCUUUAUCAAAGACAUGGCGCAGUAUUACAUCCCUGAAGCCGAGCAGCCUCCUGUCAUCGCACCUUCUCUUCACCAGAUCAAGCGUGGUGUUGGCACCAACGGACUGCCUGCAGCCAACGAUGGUGGCGAUGCCACCAGCGACAAGGACUCUGGUAUUGCCAUGACUCCUGAGGCUAGCAGACCAAGCAGCCCGAAGAGUCCUCCAUUCCCAUAUGAAGGCUCUUUCGCGGAGUCCAACAACCCGACGGUCGUGCCAAGGGAGAUGCUCGAGAAGUUCCACUGGACCUUCUUGAUCAGACAUCCCAGCAAGUCCAUCCCCAGCUACUACCGAUGCUGUAUUCCGCCUUUGGUAGAGAGGACUAAGUUCAGCCCGUUCAUGCCCAAGGAAGCCGGGUACCACGAGCUCCGACGCCUCUUCGACUACCUCAAGGACACAGGCUUGGUCGGUCCCAAGAUCUGUGGCCAGGAGAAUGCCGAAGGCAUCGAGCUCAAACCCGGUCAGGUCGAAAUCUGCGUCCUUGACGCUGAUGACAUGCUUGACGACCCAGAGGGCAACCUUCGUGCGUACUGCGAAUCGAUCGGCGUGGACUUCUCGCAAGCCAUGUUGAACUGGGAUUCGGAGGAGUCGCAUGCGUUCGCGAAGGAGCAGUUUGAGAAGUGGAACGGGUUCCACGAUGAUGCUAUCAACUCGACUGACUUGAAGCCAAGACAGCACAAGCAUGCUCCAAAGAGCGACGAGCAGCUGUACCAGGAAUGGAUCGAGAAGUACGGCCAAGCAGCCGCCGACGUGAUCAAGGAGACCGUCGACGACAACGUUGCCGACUACGAGUACUUGAAGCAGUACGCCAUCCAAGUCCCAAAGAAGGCUUGA